AAUUCCGUCCACAGAAGAAGAAUCCUUCUCGACGCCGCCCCCAUUCAUUCUUGGAGGGCAAGAAGAACGCGCAGUCCAAAAGCGAAACAAGGGGAAGGGGCGAGGCAGCCAAACGAAUCCCAGCACCUGCCUCUCCUUUGCUUGCGCAGAUCUAGCGAUGGCGGCGGGCGGUGAGUUGGCGUGGGGGGAGGAGCCCGUGGCGCGGCGCCGGCCUAAGACCAAGAUCGUCUGCACGCUCGGCCCGGCGUCGCGAUCCGUCGAGAUGAUCUCGCGCCUGCUGCGCGCCGGGAUGUGCGUCGCGCGCUUCAACUUCUCCCAUGGCUCCCACGAGUACCACCAGGAGACGCUCGACAACCUGCACGCCGCCAUGGAGCUCACCGGGAUCCUCUGCGCCGUUAUGCUCGACACCAAGGGUCCAGAGAUUAGAACUGGAUUUUUGAAAGAUGGGAAGCCUAUUCAAUUGAUAAAAGGCCAAGAAAUCACAAUUUCUACAGACUAUAGCAUUCAGGGUGAUGAGAAAAUGAUAUCAAUGAGCUACAAGAAGCUUGCUGUUGAUCUGAAGCCAGGCAGUGUCAUAUUGUGUGCUGAUGGUACCAUCACUCUUACUGUUCUUCACUGUGAUAAAGAACAAGGCUUGGUUCGCUGCCGCUGUGAGAACACUUUCAAGCUUGGCGAGAGGAAGAAUGUUAAUCUUCCAGGAGUUAUUGUUGAUCUCCCCACACUCACAGACAAGGACAAGGAGGACAUCCUUAAAUGGGGUGUUCCAAACAAGAUUGACAUGAUUGCCUUGUCAUUUGUUCGGAAGGGUUCGGAUCUUGUGGAGGUUAGGAAGGUACUUGGUGAGCAUGCCAAGUCCAUAAUGCUGAUGUCAAAGGUUGAGAAUCAAGAGGGAGUAGCUAACUUUGAUGAUAUCCUGGCAAACUCUGAUGCUUUUAUGGUGGCAAGAGGUGAUUUAGGAAUGGAAAUUCCUAUAGAGAAGAUUUUCUUUGCACAGAAGGUGAUGAUUUUCAAGUGCAAUAUUCAAGGCAAGCCUGUUGUGACUGCAACCCAGAUGUUGGAAUCUAUGAUCAAGUCUCCUCGCCCUACUCGGGCAGAAGCAACGGAUGUUGCAAACGCAGUUCUUGAUGGCACAGACUGUGUUAUGCUCAGUGGUGAGACUGCUGCUGGGGCUUAUCCAGAGUUGGCGGUGCAGACUAUGGCUAAGAUCUGCCUGCAAGCAGAGUCUUGCGUAGACCAUGCUGCUAUUUUCAAAUCAAUCAUGGCUUCAGCUCCAAUUCCAAUGAGUCCAUUGGAGAGCCUUGCAUCAUCAGCUGUUCGCACAGCAAACUCUGCCAGGGCAGCACUUAUCUUGGUCCUGACCAGGGGAGGAACUACUGCUAGGCUUGUAGCCAAGUAUAGGCCAUCCAUGCCGAUUCUGUCCGUUGUGGUUCCUGAGCUGAAGACAGACUCGUUCGACUGGGCCUGCAGUGACGAGGGUCCGGCAAGGCACAGCCUCAUUGUGAGGGGUGUCAUCCCAAUGCUGAGUGCCGCCACUGCCAAGGCCUUUGACAACGAAGCCACUGACGAAGCUAUUGGUUUUGCCAUUGAAAAUGCGAAGACGAUGGGGCUAUGCAACACCGAUCAAUCCGUUGUGGCCCUGCACCGCAUCGGGAUUUCAUCCGUCAUCAAGCUUCUUACUGUGAAGUAGGGGUCCAAGGGUGAGGGACACCAUUUUGCUUGGUGAAUUUUUGUGAGGCUGCUUACGCACAUCAGCGUAUCCACAGCUUUUCUGUUGCCAAAGAUACAGACUUUGCGUUCUGGUACACCUUGGUGUUACAAGGUUGUGGGAAUUUGUCGUUUAGAUAUUAGCGAUUUAAACAGUUUAUCAACUGCUAUAGCUAAUUAAUUUGCAGCUGUGCUGCAACUUUAUCGUACUGAAAAUUUUAUGUUUGUUUCACAUGCUUGCUUGUUGAUUUUAUUUCGUU